AUGUUAUAAUUUAGGAGAACUAUUUUCGAUUAAAAUGAAGAACCAGUUAUGUGGAAAUCAGAUAAUCAACCUCCUCCACUUCCCUUUUAAUUACAAGGUACAAUUCAAUAGUGCUUUAUCCAGGGAAUGUAAUGAUGAAAUAAUUUGACAAAUUUAUUCCAGUUUACUUGGAGAUAUGUCCUGAAAGGUUAUAUAAAAGAGUUUCAUCUAAUUAAGUUGUUUUUUGUUCUUUGGCUAAGUGCAGAUUGAAGAAAUUUACUUUUUAUGAAUAAUCAUUGCCUCAUUAUAAUUAUGGCAUAACUAUACAACAAAGAGAUUAGUAGGAGAUAUUUCUUAUAGACUCUGCUGAUGAGUUUAAAAAAUGGUUCUUGUUAUUUAAAAGAUAUUGCGUUUUGGAUAAAUUUAAAUAAAAAUUUAAAGUUCUCAACAAAUCAAAAAUGGAGGAUCCUAUAUUUGGUUAAUGUUAUUAUAAUUGCAUACAUAGUAAUAAUUAUAAGUUAGUAAAAAUAAUUGAUAAGUCUAUAAUAAAUAAUUAUUAGUUGUAAUGUUUAAAUAAGGAGAUAAGUAGUCUUCGUAAAUUGAGGUAAUAUUUGAAUAAUGUAGUUCUGCAUUGAUAAUGUUCUUUAAUGAACUUUAUGAGGAUGAUACGAAUAUUUAUAUAGUUUACAAUCAUUAUUAAGGUUUGGAUAUGAGGAGUUGGAUAAAGGAGAAUUCUUAGAAUUUGGAAGAGAGAUUGGUAGCUUAAAUAAUGUUUAAUCUAUUGACAGCAAUAUCUCAUAUGCAUUCUAGAGGAGUGUUUCAUAGAGACAUUAAACUUGAUAGCAUUUUAAUUUAAAGUUAAUUACCUUCAAUUUUACUGAUUAAUUUUUGUUAUUCUGAAACUUAUAUAGAAUAGACAAAUUAUAAGAAAUGUGGGACUCCUGGGUUUAUUGCUCCUGAGAUUUUUAAAACAAAAUUAUAUACUCCAAAAGUAGAUAUGUUUAGUUUAGGUUGUUUAUUUUAUGUAUUGUAUUAUGGGAAGAUUCCUUUCAGUGGAUAAAGUUAGGAAGAGAUACUAUAAAAGAAUGAAGUGGGAGUAGUUGAUUAUUAAAUUUAGUAUUACUUAUAAUUAAAGAAGGAAGCAACUUUGUAGGAAGGUAUCUUCAUCAGGAAUAAAUUUACUAAAAGCUCUUUUAAAUAUUGAUCCAGAAUAAAGAUUAUCUGCAUAAUAGGCUUUAUAGCAUCAUUGGUUUAUUAAGAUGGGUACUAAAUAAGAGGCGAGGUUUCACAAGAAUAUUAUAAAGGGGAAAUCUUUAUCAACAAUAAUUGAAAAUUCUGUUGAUAUUACUCACAGGUCUGUUGAUUUAUCAUAUAAUAGUAUUUAAUGUUAGAUUCCAUCAAAUACAUUUAUUGAAGAUAAAGUAGAUAAAGAAUUUACAGCUGAUAAUUUGAAAGAUAGAUUGUAGAAAUUUAAUUCAAUUUAAUUAAAACCGUCAAAACAUAGACACUAGUAUUAUUAAUGA